AUGACUGGAUCCAAUUCGCCAAAAACUACCAAAGUAUUAAGAAAGGUGUUGAUUCCAUUAGAUAAUAGCAAUGAGUCGAAGAAAGCAUUAGAUUGGUAUCAAGAAAAUAUGAAACGUGAUGGUGAUUUGGUUAUUUUUGUUCAUGUCCUCGAUCCUAUUCAACCAUCAGCGUUAUCUGCAUUGUCAUAUGAAUGUGAAUCGAUGCCAGCUGGUUCAUCAUUUCACGUACCAGAAGAAAUCCUGAAAAGUGCAAGAUAUCUAUGUCAAGAGAUGGUACAUAAAGCUACUAAAUAUGGGAUCAAAUCUGAAGGUCUUAUUCAAAUUGACAAUAAACCUGGUCCAGCAUUAGUUAAAACAAUAAACGAACGAAAGAUUGAUGCAGUUGUAAUGUCAAAGCGUGGUUCAGGAUUUUGGAAGCUUAAUUUUACGCCAAAUGUUACAUCAUAUGUAUUGCAUCAUUCAAAUAUUCCAGUAUCUAUAAUACCACCAUCAAAUCGUUAG